UAUUCUUCCAGUUCACUCUGUCUGCUGUGUGUGUGUGUGUGUCUGCAUACAAACAGACCUCCAAUAUACCCACUACUUUAUUCCUGUUAUAACUUCAUUUGGAUAUUAUUUUUUCCAAUGAUUUUUGCUUUUAACCCCGUUGAGCAAACUGAGAGUGUGAGCAACUCGUGUGUCUUCGUGAAGUGAUUAAGCUGUGCAGUUUAAGAGUGGGGCUUCAGUAACUGCUGUAGCUGUAACACACUACCACGAGCAACAUCAAAUAUACUGUGUGUUGAGUCUAAUCUACAGAAUACUUCUUCGUCAGUCCAGUUAGUUUGAUGGUAUGAACUGCAUAACUGAAACUGAGUAUGGCAAUAACGGCCAUGAAUCAAAUGUCCACCUGAACACUUGUCUGCUCAGCUCAUUUGUUUCAACUCAUUAUAGCUCACAUGUUUACAUGGCUUGUUUACUCUGUCAUGUGAGCAGACAGCCACUUUCUUUGAAUGGUCUGUACUCUCAUUUACUCCACACUUAUUUAUCUCUCCUAUUUCUCCCAGCUGAGUGAGCGCAUGCAACUUCUUCUCCCAAUAAUUAAAUACUAUUUUCAUCUGCAAACUUUUCUGAAUUUGACAUUACCAAUGCCUCUUUAUGCAGGUUUGCAGCGAAUCUUACUGUCAAAAGCUUUGGGGGAAUGUGAAACUUGAAGAGUUUUGCUGUGAAUUUUGUGAUGGGAACAUAUUGUGCGGGGGGGGGGGAUAUUCUUAGCUGAUUAAGCGGGUAACCAUGCUUCACAGAAAUGAAAUGUUGUUACUAUUACCCUCAUUACUCAUUAUUGCAGACAAACUGCUUCACGCGCAUCUGCAUCUAGACUAGCAACACAGAGAGGCGCCCUCCAAGUAGUUUAUUCUACAAUUUCUAGUCUGUAAUUCAAAUAUGACUGAAACAAUUCAUGCCUUCUCAAAUAUUCACUCAUUGACACAAUCGUUAUGAGCUUCAAAGGUUGCUAAACCCUAUCAAAACCGACGUGUGGGCCUAAAACAGAGUUAGUUUCAGUACAAGUUCAAGAGCAAGUGCCCCCGUUGUUAAACACCUGAACCAACCAAGUCAGAGGAUGAACAAAAAACGAGUGUUUACUAAUCGACUAAGUUAGUUGCCUCAUUUAUUGACCUGAACUGUUCGCUUAUUUCAAGUAUGACUUCAAAGGGAAUCGGCCGGGUCUUCAUCUUGAAGUGUACAUUCCUUUCCUCUGUCCUCCUCACCACUCUCCUCUAUUUCGUCUAUCUUCCUCUCUCACCAAAGCAACAGAUCAAAGUCAACAACUUCUUCAUCAAUGAGUCUUCGUCCAACAUACUUAACAGAUCAUCCACUUUUCGAAUGAUUGAGCCAUCGCCCAACUUCUACGGCUUGAAAGACAGGUGUGAACGACUGUACAGCAGUGCCAAUGUGUCAGAGGAUGAUUUAGGCCGAGGUAUCUCAGUGUCGAAACACAUCUUCUCCCUGCAGUUGACUGAGAAUGGAUCUUUUCCCACCUGUGAGCACUACUUGUCCCAGCGGAGGAGAGAAGGCUUCUACAAUCCACAAACUACAAGUGAGGUGGAGAGGAGGUGGCGAGUGGCUUAUGGGAUUCUAGUGUACAAGAAUGUGGACCAGGUGGAGCAGCUGCUCAUGUCAAUCUACAGGCAACACAACUUCCACUGCAUCCACGUCGACUCCAAGGCCACGCCCACUUUCAAGCGACAGAUGGAGCGACUGGCCAGCUGUUUCCCCCACGACUCAGUCUUCUUAGCCCCCAAUCCAGUGGACGUGCAGUGGGCCAGAUUCAGUCUGGUCCAGGCAGAGCUGGCGUGCAUGGGGGAGCUGCUGAGACGGGGGAGGGGGAGGAAGAGGGGGGAGAUGUGGGACUACUUCAUCAACCUGACGGGGGAGGAGUUCCCCCUGGUGACUAACAUGGAACUGGCCACUCUGCUGGAUAAAAUACACGGAGUCAAUUUAGUGGACGGCCCUGGGAAACACCCCAAGUGGGAGAGAGACAGACUACCCGCUAAACUGCCCCCCUACCUGGCCCCCUUCAAGUCUUCUACUCACGUGGGACUGUGCAGAGAGGCGGUGGAGUUCAUUCUGGAGAGUAAGAUUGCCUCUGAACUGUUGGACUCCUUCUCCCAACUGUGGUAUGCUGAGGAGGCCAUAUUCGCCAUACUACAGUAUAACAAACAUGCCUCCUUUCCCUGUUCGAGGAGUUCGAAGGAUGGGGAGAAGUACUUGGUGGAAUUCUCUCCCCGCUACAAGCAGUGGUCCUUUGAGAACAGCAAGUGGUGCCCCAGUGGCUUCAUACAGAGACACAUCUGCAUGGUAGGAGUGAAGACACUGCCGCAGAUUGUGAACAACUAUCACGGGGUCACCCUCGCUGUCAACAAGUUCCCCUGGCACUUCGAGCCACUGGCCUGGGACUGUCUGAAUGUGUGGCACCACUCGAGGGUCUCCGAGGAGCGAAGGACGGGCAGAGUGUCCACUCACUUCCUGUCUAAGCUGAACAGUCUGGCCAACCCCGCCCACAGAAUUUCCAACUACAUCAGAAAACAUCCCAAGUGGAGAUGACGAACAUGUGACUCGCAUCAGCAGUCGAGAAACUCUCAUCUGUCUCAGCGACGACUGCUUCACUGUCCUAACAGGAUAGAGUUCAGGACACAAGGAGAUUGGAAAGAGGAGUCGCUCUACCAAUCAUAUUAUUUAAUGAACAACAACAACUAAUACUGAGGUACAUACAGAAGAGAUACGAUGAACAGAAUUGAAAGUGAACCUGCAUAGAACGUCACGAGAAAAACCAAUAGUGUGAUCUCGACCAGUCAAAAAAAUUGCUAUUUUAGAAAGUGGCCAACACUAUAGAAACAUUUCAGCUACCAAAAUGUACGACAUACUCUCGUCAUUUGUCAUUUGCUUUAAAUUGUACAUAUCACGGAACUUAAAAUGAUUGUUUCAAAAGGAUUAUUUAU